CAGUCCUUGGUGGAGAUUUGUGAGCGAAGCCGUAAACACUUGCCCAAGCCAAACCAAAAGCGCCACCACAACCACCGUCCGUACGCCGGGAAAGAUGCCGAUCAGGAACAUUGCCGUCGGCCGGCCCGAGGAGGCCUACCACCCCGACGCCCUGAAGGCGGCGCUGGCCGAGUUCUUCUCCACCCUCAUCUUCGUGUUCGCUGGUGAGGGCUCCGGCAUGGCCUUCAACAAACUCACGGACAACGGCUCCACCACCCCAGCUGGCCUCGUCGCCGCGGCGCUCGCCCACGGGUUCGGCCUCUUCGUCGCCGUCUCCGUCGGAGCCAACAUCUCGGGCGGCCACGUCAACCCCGCCGUCACCUUCGGCGCCUUCGUUGGCGGCAACAUCUCCCUCCUCCGCGGGAUCCUCUACUGGAUCGGCCAGCUCCUCGGGUCCACCGUCGCUUGCUUGCUCCUCAAGUUCGCCACCGGCGGAUUGACCACGUCGGCGUUCUCGCUGUCGUCGGGGGUGAGCGUGUGGAACGCGUUCGUGCUGGAGAUUGUGAUGACGUUCGGCCUGGUUUACACCGUGUACGCCACGGCGAUCGACCCGAAGAAGGGCAACGUUGGGAUCAUCGCCCCGAUCGCCAUCGGCUUCAUCGUGGGCGCCAACAUCUUGGCCGGGGGCGCCUUCGACGGGGCGUCGAUGAACCCGGCCGUGUCGUUCGGGCCCGCACUGGUGAGCUGGACCUGGGACAACCACUGGGUCUACUGGGCAGGGCCCCUGGUCGGCGGCGGGCUCGCCGGGCUCAUCUACGAUGUCUUCUUCAUCAGCCACACCGGCCACGAGCAGUUGCCCACCGCCGACUACUAGAGGAAGUCCGUUGCUCGCGUCGCUUCGGACAGUCUCGACGGCUUCUUCUUCUUCUUCUUCUUUUCUGGGUGUAUUUAAUUUUUCCCAUGUCUUUCUGAGGAUCUUUCUUCUGUGUCUGGUCGUCGCUUCGUCUUCGUCAUGACCGCCGUUUGUUUCCCCCUUGAAAUGCUUUUUCUGUGAGUCAGUCGCUCUAAAGGCAAGGGGGUGUGGAUUUGUCUUAUUUUGUUCUAGUUGGUUCAUUUCUUCCUUCA